AUGUUUCUUCCGCGACCUCUUGCAGCCAGGCCUUGGCUCCCAGCUCCGGUGCUGCCUUGCCAGAAUGGCAAGGCCCCGUGCCCGGCGCAGCCGACGCCACCCGCGCUGCGGCUGCUGGCGCCGACGGCUUUGGGCCCCGUCAUGGGGACAGCCAGGUAG